AUGCCACAGCUGAGCCUGUCCUGGCUGGGCCUGGGGUCGGUGGCCGCCUCCCCAUGGCUGCUCCUGCUGCUGGCUGGGGCCUCCUGGCUCCUGGCUCAUGUCCUGACCCAGAUCUACGCCUUCUAUGAAAACUCUCGUCGCCUCCAAUGUUUCCCUCAGCCCCCCAAACAGAACUGGCUCAUUGGUCACCUGGGCCUGAAGGUAACAACCUGUCUUAUUUCCAGACACCCCCCCACGGAACAGGGCUUGAAGCAAGUGACUCAGCUAGUGGGCACCUACCCCCAGGGCUUUAUGGUGUGGAUGGGUCCCAUCUUCCCCCUCAUCAAUUUGUGCCACCCUGACAUCGUCCGAUCUGUCCUCAAUGCCUCAGCUGCUGUGGCGCUUAAGGACUUAGUCUUCUACAAUUUCCUGAAACCCUGGUUGGGGGAUGGGCUCUUGCUGAGUUCCAGUGACAAAUGGAGCCGUCACCGUCGUAUGCUGACACCAGCCUUCCACUUCAACAUCCUGAAGCCAUAUGUGAAGAUUUUCAAUGACAGCACCAAUGUCAUGCAUGCCAAGUGGCAGCGUCUAAUUUCCAAGGGCAAUACCUGUCUGAACAUGUUUGAGCACAUCAGCCUCAUGACCUUGGAUACUCUGCAGAAAUGUGUCUUCAGCUUUGACAGCAACUGUCAGGAGAAACCAAGUGAAUAUAUUGCUGCCAUCUUGGAGCUCAGUGCCCUUGUGGCCAAAAGAAAUGAACAACCACUUCUGCACAUGGACUUCCUGUACCAGCUCACCCCCGAUGGGCAGCGCUUCCGUAAAGCCUGCCACCUGGUGCAUAAAUUCACAGAUGCCGUCAUCCAGGAGCGACACCGUACCCUCCCUGAUGAGGGUCUUGAUGACUUCCUCCUGGCCAAGACCAAGAGCAAGACAUUGGACUUCAUUGAUGUGUUGCUGCUGUCCAAGGAUGAAGAUGGGAAGAUGCUGUCAGAUGAGGACAUACGAGCAGAGGCUGACACCUUCAUGUUUGAGGGCCAUGACACCACAGCCAGUGGCCUCUCCUGGAUCUUGUACAAUCUGGCAAAGCACCCAGAACAUCAGGAGCGCUGUCGGCAGGAGGUGCAGGAGCUCCUGAGGGACCGGGACCCUACAGAGAUCGAAUGGGACGACCUGGCCCAGUUGCCCUUCCUGACCAUGUGCAUCAAGGAGAGUCUGCGGCUGCAUCCGCCGGUCAUGGCCAUCUCCCGCUGCUGCACGCAGGACGUAGUGCUCCCAGAUGGCCGGGUCAUCCCCAAAGGCGUUGUCUGCGUCAUCAGUAUUUUUGGGACCCAUCACAACCCAGAAGUGUGGCCAAACCCUGAGGUCUAUGAUCCCUCCCGUUUUGACCCAGAAAACAUCAAGGACAGGUCGUCUAUGGCUUUUAUUCCCUUCUCUGCGGGGCCCAGGAACUGCAUCGGACAGACGUUCGCCAUGAGCGAGAUGAAGGUGGCGCUGGCGCUGACGCUGCUGCGCUUCCGCGUGCUGCCCGACCACGCGGAGCCGCGCAGGAAGCCUGAGCUGAUCCUGCGCGCAGAGGGCGGGCUGUGGCUGCGGGUGGAGCCGCUGCGCGCGGGCGCUCGGUGACCACAGCCUGCGGGACCCGACCGUGGGCACCCACCACCAAGCAGCUUCC